AAAUACAAAUUUUAAUUGAAAUGUUGAAUUUUAAUUUGAUCGCCGCUGUUUGCGAGAACUCAGGUAUAGGUUUAAACGGUGAUUUGCCAUGGAGUUUAAAGUCGGAAUAUGAAUAUUUUACACAAACAACAAAACGACGACGUGAUAUCACAAAGCAUAAUGUUGUUAUAAUGGGACGACGUACUUAUUUAAGUAUACCCGAACACGAGCGACCGCUUGCAGACCGCAUAAAUGUUGUUUUAAGUUCAACUUUAUCGCCAACCGAUCUGCCAACAAAUGUGUUUUUAUUUCCUAAUCUAGUGUCAGCAAUGAAACGAUUGGAACAAAGAGAUUUGCGAGAACGAAUUGAAAAUGUUUGGAUAGUUGGCGGAAGUGGGGUUUACAGAGAAGCUAUGUCUUCACCGCGCUGUCAUCGCCUCUAUAUAACAAACAUUAAACAAAAGUUUAACUGUGAUAUAUUUUUCCCUAAAAUACCAAAUAGUUUCAAAGAAAUAGGACCGGAUCCGGAGACGCCAUUAGGUGUACAGGAAGAAAAUGGUGUGCAAUAUGAAUUCAAAAUUUACCAAAAGUAAUCCUUACAGUUAAUUAAUUGAUAAUUAGUAAAAAUUAGGUGUUUUUUUCUAAUUUGUUAACAAUAUAUACGCUAACAGAGCUAUAGAACAAGAAAAAACGAGUAUCUUUUGAUUUGAAAAAAAAAAAAAUCAAAAGUAUCYUUCUUUUAUGUACACUAAUUCCACUAUUUCGCAGUCAGCCACCUCUGGUUGGAAACAAUUUAAAAACAAAUGCAAAGUUAUGAGCAUAAUAUUAAACAAUACCUUUGUAUUACUUCCUGAAGAGGAAGGGGAAACUUUGAACUCAAAAUUUAGGCAACAAUUUUAAAUUUCCUUUUCCCCGACAAGUUGAAGUGUGCAUUAUUUUGCAUCAUUUUAUUGAGCGUCUUUUCAAAAACUUUACUUUAUAACUAAUUUUAUACGUACAUAUAUAUUCAAUACUAUUUUUGUUGGCGCAUUUAUAAAAAUAAUUUGUCAACAAAUACUAUAAGUUGGCGGUUAUUCACUCUAGAAAAGAUUCACCAACAGUGYUGCCAACACAUUGUAUUUUAAAGUUUCCGGAACCAUAAUAUAAUCAGCCCUAUUCUGCAUUUAUAUUACGUUUUAACUUACAAAAACGGAACUACGAUCGCAAUGUAGAAUACAUAAAAUUGGAAAUGUCGAAGAUUGAUCGAAACUAAUCGAAACGCAGAAUACCAAAGUUGCCAAGCUGAAAAAAUUUCGAUUCGAGUCGAAAUGCAGAAUAGGGCUGAAUAAGAACUUGAUAAAAUAUUUUUUUAUACAUAUAAUUUAUUUUUGAGAUUUUUAAUAAUGUUAAUCUUCCUGU